AUGUUUUUCCCUCCACCAUCACCAUAUGAUCAACAUCCACAUCCACAUCGUCCUCGACAUCAUUCAUCAAGUUCACCUAAAAAACAUUCUAAAGACAAUGAUCAACAACGAACAGAUUAUAUAAUUGAUACAUUUUUAAAAAAUUUUGGUAAUGAUAUGCUUGAAAAUCCUAAAGGAUGGCGUACUCGAUUUUCUAAAAUGGCUGCAAAUCCAUUUGCAUUUUAUCGUGGUUCAGCUGUUAUAUUUUAUCGUGACAUGCUAAGUGAUUCACAAUAUGAUCCAUGGUUAAAAAAUUGUAAAGAAGCAUCACAUGUAUUUAUUCAUGGUGAUCUUCAUGCUGAAAAUUUUGGUACAUAUAUUGAUCGAUAUGGUCUUAUUAAUUUUGAUGUGAACGAUUUUGAUGAAGGUUAUAUUGCUCCAUUUACAUGGGAUGUUAAACGUUUAGUAGCAAGUAUAAAUUUAAUAAUAUAUUCAAAAGCAUUUAGUGAUGCAAAAAUUGCACAACUUAUUCGUUGUCUUGUUUCUUCAUAUUUAAAACAAGUUUAUGAAUAUUGUCAAACACCUAAUCAACGUCAUGUGGCAAUAACAAGUGAAAAUACAAGUGGAACAGUUAAUAAAUUAUUAAAAGAAUCACGUUUGGGUUCAAAAGAAGAUCAUUUAAAUAAAAUGACAAAAAUAGAAAAUUUUGAAAGAAAAUUUAUUCGAUCGAAAAAUAUAAAAGAUGUUGAUGAACAAUUACGUAAUCAAAUAGUACAAGCAUUUCAAGAAUAUCUACAAACAAUACCAGAAAGUAAAAAAGAGACACCAUGGCCAUAUAAAGUAAAAGAUAUUGUAGCACGUACUUCACCUGGUAUAGGAUCAGCAGGUCGAACAUCAUAUAGUUUAUUAGUACAAGGAAAAACACAAGCAUUAGAAAGUGAUGUUAUUAUAUUUAUGAAACCAGCAGUACGAUCAGCUGUAUCUAGUGUUAUUAAAGAUCAAAAUCUUGCAUAUUAUUUUCAACAUGAUGGUUUACGAACUGUUCUAUGUGCUUAUGCAAUGCAUGCUGUUACAUCGAAAUGGUUAGGUUAUGCAACAGUUAAUAAUCAAAUACCGAUGGUAGUUGAUGAAGUUGCAACUCAUAACAGAGAUCUUGAAUGGAAUAAUAUUAAUGAUUAUGAAGAUAUUUGUGAAACAAUUGAAUAUUUGGGUAAAGCUAUGGCAAAAAUACAUUGUAUAGCUGAUGUUGAUUCGAUUGAACGAGAAAAACAUGCACAACUUCAUACUAAUUUAUUACCAUUACAUAUUAUACCAACACAUACAGAAAGAACUAUUCAAAAGGCUAUUGGUGGAAAUGAUGAAGGUUUUAUUCAACAUAUGGUUUCAUUUGCUAUGUCAUAUGGUGAUAGAGUUCGUCGUGAUCAUCAACUCUUCUUUGAAGCAUUUCGUAAUGGAAAAAUUCCCAAUUUAGAUGUGAAUCAAUCUCAACCACAAAACUAUGGUGGUGUUAAUUAUCUAUAUUGA